UGACAGGGGGCGGGCGGGGAGGAGGCGGUAGCAGCAGCCGCCGUGUUUAAUUUUUUAAUUAGGGCGGUUUGAGCAUCUCCCGGCGGGGUCGCAUCGUCGGGCGGCGAGGGGAGCCCGGGCGAGUAGCCCCCGCCGCCCGGGACCACCCCUCGCCCCCCGGGGCCGGAGCCGUGCGAGCCGUCGGGGCUCCAGCCUGCGCUUUCGACAGCGGCCGAACCGGGCCCGGAGCCGCGGAAAGCUCCGCGCUCCGCCGCCAUGGGCAGCGCGGGCGCGCAGGAGAAGGAAGGUCAAACUUAAUAGAAAAAUUGGAAGUAUGCCCAAUGAAAAACGGUACAGCAGGCAAAGAAGCAACAGAGGUGAAAAUCCCACAGAGUCACCAGGAUGUGAUGCCCAAUGAUGAGCAGUAAUUACUGCAGCAACACUUCAGCCAGCAUGAGUGUCAAUGAAAUGUCUGCCUUCCCUCUGACUUUAGAGCAAAAAACUGGCUUUGCCUUUGUGGGGAUUUUGUGUGUUUUCUUGGGACUUCUAAUUAUCAGAUGCUUCAAAAUCUUGCUAGACCCCUACAGUAGUAUGCCUUCUUCUACGUGGGAAGAUGAAGUUGAGGGGUUAGAUAAAGGAACAUUUGAAUAUGCUCUUGCAUGAAAACUUGCAGAAUAUCCUGCGUUAAAAUUGUUGUUGAUUUCAUUUUGGAAACCAACUGUUGUUAAAUUUGUUACACAUAUCUGCAUUUUGGAGAUAUGUUGGUGGCAUCCAUUUUGUUAAAUAAAUAUCUGUU